AUGCUGUGUUCCGUGCUGUUGCUUGCUCUUACAUCGCAUGCGUUUGCCCGCUAUGUCGAUGACCAAAGUUUUGCUCUGAACUUUUUGAACUACUAUCAGUACUUAUCUCCAACGCGCACGGGAAACCACGACUUGGUGGUUGCCAUUAAAAAGUUCCAAGAGUUCACUGGUCUCCCUGUGACUGGCAAGUUGGAUGAACUAACGCUUGCGCAGAUGAAAGCACCACGCUGCGGAAUGCCAGAUCCUAUGGGUAAACAGGGUCGAGUGAAGAGAUACAGUACAUCUGGUAGAUGGAAUAAAAGACACUUGACGUACUUUGUGGAAUAUGGAGCUGAUUUAUCUCGUUCAAAACAAGACGAUGUGUUCGAGAAGGCUUUAAAGUUCUGGUCUGACGUGUCAGGUUUGUCUUUCUCUACGACAAGAAGCGCAAGUACCGCGGACCUUAAAAUCAGCUUUGGAAGCCGAACACACGGAGGAGUUAGUGAGAACCAAUGUGGUUACCCAUUUGAUGGGGCGAGCGGAACAUUAGCGCAUGCAUUCUACCCUUCUGAUGGACGCGCUCAUUUCGACGAGGACGAAACUUUCACUGACGGCACAAGCCGAGGAACAAAUCUUCUGUGGGUGGCUGUACACGAAUUCGGACACGCCCUUGGAAUCCAGCAUUCAUCUGUUAGAGAUGCUGUCAUGUAUCCCUACUAUACUGGGUAUGUGCCGAACAUGCAGCUUAAACAGGACGACAUCGCUGCCAUUCAGUCUUUGUACGGGAGAAACACCGGAGGAAGUAGCGGAGGAAGCAGUAGUGGAGGCAGUUCAUUUCCCAAUGUCGGUCAUGGAGCCGGGGGGGUACAUGUCGUUUUCACGCAUUCGUCCAACGCUACUGCAGGAGAACUUGUCGCCGUUGCUGAAGCUCCAGAUAUAGAAAACGUCGUGCUGAGUAUUUACUAUUUUGUUGCAGAUUUGAUGCUGAUGAAAGAGAAGAUACUUUGA